UCCUCUCUCCCGCUCAGCCUCUCGUCUGCCUGCGCCUUCUGGGCAAAUUAAUGAAUGUAAACGGAGGAUGAAGUAAAAAGCCACACUCGGGUUUUCAUUUUAUAUCCGUCUUUUGCUGAAUGGGUUAGCUUAGCCGACUUAGGCUAGUUAAGCUAGCUAGCAUGCUACAAGGACUUUUCCUCCACCCGAAGAAGAGGAGGGACGUAGGACCCUUGUGACGUCACGUCAUCCUGAUGGCUUCGCCUUCUGCAGUUGAAAAAGCAACAUGGCGUGAAGGGGACACGUGUCUGGCUCCUGACCCGAGAGAUGGCUCCCUUCGAGAAUCCACCAUUAAAAGACUGACUUCCACCUCUCAUGAUAAUGGUACCACAGCGUGGGUGGUAUUCACGGACCAUAAUAAAGAUGAAGAAGAAGAAGAGGAAGCUGUACCUGUCUUGAAACUCAUGAGACCAGGCGUGAAUCACUUCACCCAGGAGAAACCUUUGUUUCCCAGCAGCGUCACAGACACCAGCCGAUGUGUCCCCUUCGUGUUGAGUGAUGUUGAUGGGGACAGAGUCCCCUACACCAUCAACAGAUACCUGAGGGAUUACCAGAGAGAAGGAAUCCGGUUCAUUUACAACAAUUAUAUCUGUUCCAGAGGUUGUAUCCUGGGGGAUGACAUGGGCCUGGGAAAAACUGUUCAGGUCAUUGGUUUCCUUGCCGCUGUAAUGCACAAAACAGGCACGUGGGAGGACAUCGAGAACAACAGGCCUCAAUUUCUGCAGAGUCAGAUGCCUUCCAAGCAAAGUAAACCCAACAAAGUGUUCCUCAUCGUGGCCCCGCUGUCGGUGCUUUAUAACUGGAAAGAUGAGCUGGACACAUGGGGCCACUUCCAGUGUGUAGUGGUUCAUGGGCUGAAGAAAGAGGAGGAGCUGGCUCGCAUCAAGAAGGGGCGCAUUGAGAUCGCUCUCACUACCUAUGAAACUCUGCGCCUUUGUAUGGAUCAGUUUAAUAACAUCGACUGGUCUGCUGUGGUUGUGGACGAGGCCCACAAGAUAAAGAAUCCAAACUCUCAGAUCACUCGGGCCAUGAAGGAUCUGAAAUGUGAGAUCAGAGUUGGCCUCACCGGCACCAUCUUACAGAACAACCUUGAGGAGCUGUGGUGUGUCAUGGACUGGGCCAUACCUGGUUGUCUUGGCAACUUGGGAAAUUUCAAGAACACGUUUUCGGAUCCGAUUGAGCAAGGGCAGAGGCACAGUGCAACCAAACGUGUCCUAGCGACAGGGAGGAAGACCGCCAGGGCCCUGGUGAAGAAGAUCUCCUGCUCGUUCCUCAGAAGGACGAAAGCUCUCAUCAGGGAACAACUGCCGAAAAAAGACGACAGGGUGGUGUAUUGCUCUCUGACAGACUUUCAGGAGACUGUGUAUCGGACGGUGCUGGACACUGAAGACGUGACGUUAAUGCUGAGGUCUUCAGAGAAAUGCGACUGUCAAAGCGGACGCACCCGCGGCAGAUGCUGCUAUAAAACAAAUGCGGCAGGUGUGCAAAUGAAGGGGCUGUACUUCAGUUAUUUGGCCAUAUUGAGGAAGGUUGCCAACCACACAGCACUGCUUCAGUCCACGGCAGGCUCCAGCAAGAACCAGGAGAAGUACGUGGGGGCCAUCUGUGAGAAGGUUUUCCAGAAGUUUCCGGACUUUUUGCAGAGACGCAAAGACGAAGCAUUUGAAGCUUUGUCGGACCCGAUGUACAGUGGAAAGAUGAAGGUUUUGCAGAAGCUGCUGACAUUUUACCUGCAAAGAAGAGAUAAAGUGCUUAUUUUUUCUCUCUCAACCAAGCUGUUGGAUGUGCUGGAGAGCUACUGCAUGGCAGAGGGGCUGGACUACAGCAGGUUGGACGGAGCCACCAAAGCCAAAGACAGAGUCCAGAUUGUCAAAGAGUUCAACAGCUCCGGUCACAUCAACCUCUGCCUGGUUUCCACCAUGGCGGGUGGUCUCGGUCUUAACUUCGUCGGGGCCAAUGUGGUCGUGCUCUUCGACCCCACGUGGAACCCGGCCAAUGACCUUCAAGCGAUCGACAGGGCGUAUCGUAUUGGCCAGUGCAGGGACGUGACUGUUCUCAGGCUGAUCUCAUUGGGGACUGUGGAGGAGGUCAUCUACCUCAGACAAGUGUACAAACAGCAAUUGCAAUGUUCCGUUAUGGACAAGGAGAGUUCGCGGCGGUACUUUGAGGCGGUGCAGGGCCGCGGUGUCCACAAGGGGGAGCUGUUUGGGAUCAACAACCUCUUCCGGCUGCAGACCAAAGGGACAUGCCUGACCCGCAAGAUACUGGAGCGAGAAGGACGAGUGGAGGCCGGCGUGAUGACCAGCCGCACGCACACGGGCGAAGAGAAGGAGGCGGAGACGGAGGCAGUUGGCGAACCUGCAGACUCUCUGGCUACAGACGGCCCAGUGCCGAAUAAUGAGCAAGCCGAGGAGAAGACGAGUGCAUCGAAGGUCUCCAGAGGGGUGUUGGACUUCAGCAGUGGGAGUGAAGAGGAUGAGGAAGAGCAGGGUCUGAAGAGGAAGGCGUCAAGCCCCAGUGCAAUGGACGGCAACGGGGGUGGGAAUGCUGUAACGGGUCCUGGUCGAAUGAGUCUCCUCCAGCACGGUUUCUCCAGGCUCCUCGAAAGGCUCAAAGGAAAACCAGAGUUGGCAGAAGGGGACAGUAGUCCGGCUGUCGAUGAAAGCCCCUCAGAGGAAGAAGCUGAGGAUCAAAAGAUGGAGAGUACCUCCUCUGGCAUCGCCAAGAACUCCAAAACUAGAAAUCGCACAGCCUGUUUCCCUAAAUUGGGACCCAAAACGUGGGACUUCUCUAGCAGUUCAGACGGAGAAGACCCGGACAAUAGAGAUAAGAAGGGACAAGAGAGGUUUCCUCUGUUAAGAAAAAGUCAUGAUGUAAGAAAGACGGAGGACCGUAAAGGGCGGGCAAAUGAGAAAACUCCAGUGGCCGAGGAAAGUUAUGAAAAAGCCACAUGGAACAAAAAUAAACCUAACAAGCUCAAAACUCCAGUUCCAAAAGUGAGCCGCUUUGAGGGCUACUCCGAUGAAUCUGACGACUUGGCCGUGGAGGCAAAGACGUGGCCCAGGAGGGACGCUUUGAAUUCACAUGGUCGCCGCGGGAGAGAAAGGCCCGACCGCAACAGAAAGAGGCAAAGCGCUGGCGUUCGAGACGAGGCCAGAUUGAAAUACACAGAAGACAUCGAGACGUUCACGUCUUCAGACGACGAACACACCCCGGUGAAGAAGGGGAGAGCGACGGGAAGUCGCUUCACAUCGCCGCCGACGGAAAGAUCCCGAGAUGAGUCGGCGAAAUAUUCAUUUACAAAUCUAAAGAAUCGGACGUCCCCCGCGGGAAGGGAUGGAACUAUCGACAGUGUGCUGGGGGGCGUACGCGAGGUGGCGUACACCCACUCUAACCAGCGCGUGGUGGGCGGCAGCAAAGCGGAGGAGAGGAUCAGCAGAGCAGCUGCGCGAGACGUGUUUGAGAGCAAGAUGUACUCCCAGCUGCCGGCCAAUCAGCUUAUAGGCACCCAAGAGAGCUUGUCGGCGAGCCCACCAGCCAGUCCGCCGCGCCCCCCCCCUCCUGUCAGAGCGCAGAAGCCCAGCGUGGACCAUCCGGUCGCCUUCUUCAGCAAGAGUGUGCACCGCACCGGACACGCCACCAUCAUCAUCGGAGAGACUCCCCGGGCCAUAUGCAGGCAGCAGCUGGAGGAAAUGGCAGAGCAGUUCAAAUUCCCCUCAGUCCACCAGUUUGCAGUGGAGAUUCUGAGAGGAAACUCAACCCGGAGACUGGCCUGGCUACGGGAGUUUUACACUUCACUGAACCUUCCUGACCUGGCCGACACCGUCACAAACAACUUCCCACAGACCUCCUCUUCAACUGUUACCUCCCCGACAGCCUUCAGCACCACCGCAAAGUCUCGCGCGCAUACCCGAACCCCACGGAAGGAUGUUCCAAAGCCUAAACACACCGAGAAGAAUCCCGAACCCAAAACUAAGCCUGAACCCUCGCGCGGUGUUUCCGUGCCACGGAAGAAAUCUCGCCACCCACAGAAUGAGGAUCCCGAACCCCAGGCGAAGCACAGAGUACCACAAAAUGAUGUUCAGAAACGGCAAAAGUUCGCGAAAAAGAAUUUGCUAAAACCUCUAAGUGAUGUUAUGAGCCUCGAGUCCGAGACGGCCUGCAGUGCCAGAGGACAUAAGAGGACAGAGAGGGGUAGUGUUUCUGGUUCUGGUGGUCUUGGCUUGGAUCGGGCCAGCAGCAGUGGUCUGGGGUCUGGGAAGGCCGCAGCUUUCCACAACUGCACAGACAGACGAAUCCCUUCUUCUGCGGACCUCAGCCACGGCAGGUCCGCCACAUUAACCAAACCCGCAGCACAGGAAGGGGAGAAAGACCCGAAGACGUCCUCCAGGACUAGUGAACCCUUUCAGGGCCAGAGAGCGAAUUCUCAGACGCCUCCUCCUCCUCAACGGGCCACGUCCACCUCCGGUCGUCGUUCCCUCCUCACAGAUCUGAUAGGGGACACGUCGAUCCUCGACGAUCUGUUAAAACCCAAACCCAGGGGCGCGCAACGAUGGGGUACCGCGAAAUCGCCCCCCGCGUACUUCACGGCCCCUUCUCCAUCCAGAGUCGCUCUCGAUACCGGUUCUGGUUCCGCAGGCCUCACAGACUCUCACCGCAAACACCAGGUGGUACCGAAGGGCAGUCGCAAAGACUUCUGGGAUAUCCUGAUCGAGGGUAAUGAGGAGAGCAUCAACCGGUUGACGGACCCGGCGGAAGUGCAGAGGGUUUGCAUCAACACAAACUUUGCAGCUCGGGGUCGGUCCGAAGAAGAGGAGAGGAAGAGUCUCUGGAAGACGAACGACAAGUUCCUGUGGAAGAAGUGACACCGAAGAGACAAUCGGUGGACUUUGAACUUUUCCAGUUCUAAAGGAUAUCGAUGAAAAAAUGAUUUAAAAUGGAUAUUUAAUGCAGGUUUUUCUGCUUUUUAUUAUUUUUUUACCGAUUUUAUUAUCUUUAAAUGUCAUAUCCUUUUUAGAAUGUGUAUUUUUGUAUUUACUGUAAUAAUUUUAAAAUAUUCAUCGAAUUAGUGAGUUGACUGUUGAAAAUAUGCUGACUUUUACUUGAUUAAAAAGGAUGUUAAUAACUGAUA